AUGCCGCAGUCCGCGGUAUUUGCACCAUCCUCUUGCUGCCACCGCGUCCCGCUGCCCUCCCGCUCCCCUAGGCUGACGGACGCCGAUCGGAAGCGGCUCUGGGAGAAGCGCUACUACUGCCACGCGGAGGCCAGCGCGCUGCCCAUGCUGCUGGCCAGCGCGCCCAGCAGGGACAGCGGGGAGUGGGCCUGCCUGCCCGACAUCUACGCCCUGCUCAAGCAGUGGAGCGACGUGAACCACCAGGACGCCCUGGGGCUGCUGCACGCCACCUUCCCGGAUCAGGAGGUGCGCAGGACGGCGGUGCAGUGGAUCGACUCCAUCUCCGACACGGAGCUCCUGGACUACCUGCCCCAGCUGGUGCAGGCGCUGAAGUACGAGUGCUACCUGGACAGCCCCUUGGUGCGCUUCCUCAUGAAGAGAGCCAUCUGCGACCUCAAGAUCACCCACUACUUCUUCUGGUAA